AUGGAGCACCUGGAAAACUCUACGAUGUCACCCAAACUCCUGCCGGUGCAGACGGAGAGCGCAGCGGGACCCCCGGCGGACAAGAGCGGCGGAAACGCGUACCUCUACAUUUUAAUCGUCAUGUCUUUCUAUGGGAUCUUCCUCUCCGGUAUAAUGAUGGGCUACUUCCGCUCGAAGAGACGCGAGAAGAAGAGGGUCAACAUCUUCACGCGCCUGGUGCACGAGGAGGAGCAGCGAGAGUGGGGCGCGCUGCCCAAGAAGCACAGCCUGACGUUCUCCGCCGUCGCGCCCGGGCUGCCCUCCCUGCAGGUGGCCUUGCCUUUCUGCGCAAACCACGGGAAGCACUUCGGACACCUGUCGCACGAGGGCGCGCUGCCCUCGCCGCUGGCGUGCGCGCUGUGCACGGAGCAGAGCAGCAUCAGCUCCCUCUGCUCCUCCGGGGACACGCGCUUCACCAUCGAGGAGGAGUCCGACAGCGGCACGGCGGAGGGCUCGGAGGAGAACACGAAGGGAGCAUCCGAGACCAGCGGGGAUGAUUCAGGAUGAGCCCCCCCCCCCCCCCCCCCCCCCCCCCCGCGUGCACCACUCACAUCAAACAGGAGGCCGCCGUCAGCUGGAGCCUGGAUGUUUAGAAGACUCAUCAUGAGCCCACCUCUUGUUCUUCAUAUCCUGGAGUUCCACUUGUGAAGAUUUAGAUGGUUCAGUUUUUAAAAGGUUGAUGUUUAUCUCACACGGGGCUUUAAAGCACCCUAUGCCUUCUCCACUUCCUGGUGGCCCAGGAAGUCUUUUAGCAUUUUUGUUAUUUGACACCAGCCUCAAGAUUCUCCAACUGCUGCUGUGGCUG